UCUUCGGAUGGCAGAUCCUCACCAUCCAUUUGAGCUCAUCACUGACGCUAGCGAUCUGGCCGUUGGCGCAGUCCUCUUACAAGACUUUGGCGAAGGCCUACAACCGAUCGCCUACGAGUCACGAAAGCUGAACACGGCCGAACGAAAUUAUCCUGACCACGACAAGGAGUUACUCGCCAUCGUUCACGUUUUCAAAGUCGGGUGCUGCUACCUGACGAGUGCUGCCGUAACAGUCCGAACAGACCACAAGUCACUACAGAUCAUCCGCCCCCAACCGACACUGAAUCCCCGACAGAUUCGCUAGCUCGACUACCUCGAGUCCAAUUUCCACUACA